AUGAACUUCCUGCGCCCGCUCAGAACUGCCUCGACCAGAACUCUACGUCCAUGUCAAUCUAAGACAAGAAGUUUGCAUACGCCUGGCUCAUGGUUUCCGCCUUCCUCGGGUCCACGGCCGCUUGCGGGCGAGUGGUCGGAGCCGUCAGGCUCAGGGCUUGUGCCCAUUGUGAUUGAGCAGACAGGCCGAGGAGAACGGUCGUAUGAUAUAUUCUCCAGGUUAUUGCGGGAACGUGUCAUCAUGCUCUAUGGACCGAUCCGAGAUGCGGACUCCGCACUCAUCGUAUCCCAAUUACUGUUCUUGGAGGCAGAAGAGACGUCCAAGCCUAUACACCUGUACAUCAACUCCCCGGGAGGUUCGGUAACAGCCGGACUUGCCAUUUAUGACACAAUGCAGUACGUCUCCUCGCCCAUACACACGUACUGUGUGGGUCAAGCUGCCUCAAUGGGAUCGUUGCUCCUCGCCGCGGGCGAGAAAGGCAAGCGGCAUGUUCUUCCGAACGCCAGCAUAAUGAUCCACCAACCGUCUGGCGGCGCAAGCGGUCAAGCGAGUGACAUUGCCAUCCAUGCGAAAGAAAUCCUGCGCAUCCGCAAGCUAUUGACCGGCAUCUACCAGAAGCACUGUGCGCGCUCCGGGGAGGCCGAGGCGGAAGGCUUGCAAAGAUUUGAGACAGCUCUCGAGCGGGACUAUUUCAUGACGGCUCAAGAAGCGCUCGACUUCGGAAUCGUGGAUGGGAUCUUGGAGAAGCGGCCGUCUGCAGAGUCGUGA